CUCGUCUGCUAAGGUUGCUGGCAGACGACAACCUCAUUUACAAAAUCAACCAGAUGAACGUGUUCGUAAUAUAAGAGCACACUUUCUGUGUUAUAGAGAUUUUGAUCGUUCAAUCAUUCGUAGGUGUUAUGUUAAUAAAUAAAGUGAAGGAUGGGUGUGAGCAUUUUUCUUGCCUUCCUAACGUCCCUAGUCAAUGUUUUGAUGCAAGUUCAGUGUGGAUCGUUGAACCUGGAGUAUUACUAAUUUAGUGAAAUAUACCAUACAUGCGACCUAUACUAAUUUAAACAUUGGACGCUUAUUUUGACUGGCAGAUUCUGCGCUACGAUACGAAAAAAAUCGCCACAGAUUGGCAGAUAAUAUAUAUUUUGAGUGGUGAGAGCACAGACUGAAACAUUAGAGGACAGUUCCUCUUCAAGACUACAAAAAUCUCAAGUGUAUUUGCUUAACAACACUCGAGGCUGGUCUCGAGGCAGUGAGCUUCAAUAUGAUUGGGUGCAAAGAUCGCGGUCCGAGCAAGAACAACACGGCGUCUGCAGCCACGUCACCUUCCAAGCACGUGGGCAGGUCCUCAUCCGUGCCCACUGAGCGCCCACCACUCACCCACCACCAACACCCAUCUAUCACCCAGCCUUCCCUAGACCACCAGAAGCUCUCCUCCAGCACCUCCUCCCUCAAUGCUUCACCCGUGCACCUCGUAAAGUCAGCUUCCACCUCCACCCUCACUGCCUCCACCAACACCUGUAAAUUGACCACCCGCAACCAUGGGCGUACCAGGGUGGCCAGCAACGCUAAGGACUCAUCGCUAGAGAACAUCAAAGACGAAUACUGCGAGAAAGUGCAACAGCGAAUCGCAGAGAGGAACUUCGAAAAAUGAAAGAUCAAACAUAUCUCUUCUAGUCGCCAUCAAUAUUUACACGAGUCUGAGGAAAUACGCCGUAAGGUUAUAUAAUUUUCUCGCAAACGUGACCAAUUUGCAGAGAAAAAUAAAGAAUCAGGAAGGCACUAAAUGACCGUAUCUUAAAACUUGAUAUUAUUAAGGAUUUAGUGUCCCCGAGCGAUGGCUUGUUACUCAGUAAUCUAGAUGUGUAGAGAUAACCUCACUGUUGUAUGUGCUUUGUGUACCAGAUAGUUAUGAUCUAGGUUAUUCUCUUCUGUGUACAUUCUAAUUGUAAACUAGGUAAUGUAAGUCAGUGGCAAGACAAGUAGAAAUGUUCAAUAAGUGUUUGUUUUCUACACACCAAGAUGUGUAUGAAGGGGGAGUGGAGUGAUGAUACUGUGCUCGUGACAGUCUCCUGUACUAGAUUGAUCGACAUUACAGAUUUUUUACCUUUUGUCCGUUAUCAUAUCUGUUAUUGAAGUUGUGUUUACUUGUACCGCUUAAUCAUCCAGCUCAUUAAUGCUUCUAACAUCCCUAUAACUCAUAUCUUUAUAGAUUUACGUAUUUUUCUAUUUUUUUUUAAAUAUUUUGCGAUUUUAUGUUUUGUAUGUAAUUUCGAAGCCUCGCUAUUAGUGAAGUGUCUGUAUCGUAUGGUUUAUACAGAGCAAAAUAAUACACGAGAAUUAGGAAAUUCAAUAUGUGUUGGUAAAUAGUUGUAGGAAACCACUGGAGUGUCUUCUCGUUGACCACAUCCCAGUGUUGUCAACAAUUCUCUGACCAAGUGUGUGUAACAUUCCAAUUCGUCUUUUACCUAAACAAACAAGGGUGUGGUGUCCAACUAUAUAGUGGCAGCGAUGUAUCUCCCGCUGCCAGACGUUACCUUCCCUUUUAUACAAU